GACGGAGGCUGCACAACAUUUGGGGUGCCAUUGUGUGCCCCGCCAUAUUGUCGUUCUGUGUCUUGGUUGAGGCCCCCAGAUCUCUCCCCUCGGUAUCUGCGUCCUCUCCACAGACUGCAAGAGUCUCAGGAGGACAUCAGAACUCCCAGUCUCCGGAAAUGGAGUCAGUGACCUUUGAGGAUGUGGCUGUGAACUUCACCCUGGAAGAGUGGGCUAUGCUGGAUUCAUCUCAAAAGGACCUCUACAAAGAUGUGAUGCAGGAAACCUUGAGGAACCUGGCCUCCAUAGGAAACAAAUGGGAACACCAAAACAUUGAACAUGAAUAUGAAAAUCUCUGGAGAAAACUAAGUAGCCAGUUGUUGGAGAGACUCUGUGAAUAUACAGAAGGUCGUCAGUGUACAGAAGUCUUUAACUGGAUUCCAGAGUAUGUUGGGAACCAGAAAUCACAUCCAGGAGUUCCAACAUAUGAAAGCCAUGUGUAUGGAGAAGUGGUUAUUGGCCAUUUAUCUCUAAAUGUCCCUCCGCAUCUUCACCCAGGACACAAACCAUAUGGCACUCAGGAAUAUGGAAAAGAGUUAUAUAAACAUAAGGAAUUUGGGGGUACCUCCAGUUCUUCCACAACCUUUCAGAAGCAUAAAAGAAUCCACACUGGGGAGAAACCUGAAACUAGUCACUGUAAUGAAGAAGUUAGGUGUCUCAUAUCCAGUCAAAACAAUGAAAAGACUUCUACUGGAGAAAAACAAUAUGAGUGUAAGCAAUGUGGGAAAGUAUUCACUUCUUCCAGUUCUUUUAGAAGGCAUGAAGAAUAUCACAGCCGAGAAAAGUCUUACGUUUGUAAGCAGUGUGGGAAAGCCUUCCCCUUUCCUAGUUCCUUACAAAUACAUGAAAGAAUUCACACUGGUGAGAAGCCCUACAUGUGUAAACAGUGUGGGAAAACCUUUGCCCGUUCCAGUUCCCUUCUAACACAUGAGAGAAUUCACACUGGAGAAAAGCCCUAUGUGUGUAAGCAGUGUGGGAAAGCCUUCACUGAUCGUAGCUCACUUCGAUUCCAUGAAAUGAUGCACAGUGGGGAGAAACCCUACAAAUGUACAAAGUGCGGUAAGGCUUUCGCUUCUUCAGGUGCCUUUCGUAAACAUGAACGGACUCACACAGGAGAGCAACUCUUCGUGUGUUUGCAAUGUGAGAAAGUUUUCAGUUGUGAAAGUGCUUUUCGGACACAUAAAAUCAUUCAUUCUGGAGAAUGUGUAUGUAAGCAAUGUGGUAAAGCCUUUACUAGUCACAGUUCCGUUAAAUACCAUGAAUUGAUGCAUAGCGGAGAGAAACCCUACGUAUGUAAGCAGUGUGGGAAAACCUUUAGGUCUCCUAAACAAGUUCAAAUUCAUAAACGAACUCACACUGGAGAGAAACCUUAUGUGUGCAAGGAGUGUGGGAAAGCUUUCACUUUUCUCGGUUCCCUUCAAUACCAUGAAUUGAUUCAUACCGGAGAGAAGCCCUAUCUAUGUAAACAAUGUGGGAAAGCCUUCAGGUCUUCUCGUCAGGUUCAAAUACAUGAACGAACUCACACUGGAGAGAAACCCUAUAUAUGUAAGCAAUGUGGGAAAGCCUUCUUUUCUUUGUACCACUUAAGGAGACAUGAAGUAAUUCACAGUGGCAUGAAUCCCUAUGUUUGUAAGCAAUGUGGGAAAAGCUUCAGUUGGUUCAGUACCUUUCACAGUCAUAAACAGACUCACACUGGAGAAAAACCCUAUUUAUGUAAGCAAUGUGGGAAAGCCUUCUGCAGUCGCAUAUCAUGGAGAAGACAUGAGAAAGCUCACACUACAGUGAAGCCUUAUGCAUGUGUGCAAUGUGGAAAAGCAUUUCGUUCCCCUAGUUACCUCAAAAUCCAUGAGAGAAUCCACACUGGAGAGAAGCCCUUUAUAUGUUCCCAGUGUGGGAAACCCUUCCGUUCUUUUCGUUAUGUCAAGUCACAUGAAAGAAGCCACACUGGAGAGAAACCCUUUGUAUGUACAGAAUGUGGGAAAGCCUUCAGUUAUUAUAGUUCUUUUCACAGACAUAGAAGAACUCACCAGACAGUAACCUUGAACACAGAACUUGAAAAGACUUCAUAACCUAAGACUGCAUUCAGAGAGAACUAUAAAGGUUAAGCAUGUAGAACCCCUCUUGGUCCUAUUCAUGGAUUAAGAAAGAACAUGUUUGGGCUAGGCAUGAUCUUAGCAUACCUUUAGUUCCAAAACUUGAGAGGCAGAGGCAGGGAAUCUCAGAAUUCAAGGCCAACCUGGUCUACAUACUGAUUUCCCAGCCACCCAGGGCUAGAUAGUAAGACUGUUUCAAGAAAAAAAGAAAAAAAAAAAACAUGUUUGUAUGUUUGACUAGAAGAGAUGUCCAAAUGUGGACACAUGUGCAAUUGCUUCCCCAUUAAAAAUCUUUCCUUGUCAAAGCACAAGAAACUCAGUAGUAGCAAAUAGUGGCAUAGUCCUUUGAAAAUUUCUCAUAUGCUAAUUUCCAUAAGUGUCAAUAACGUGAAGGACUGGAUACAAAUUUUUCUUUUAGAAAGUCCAAAAUCUGAAGAAAACUUUGUAAAUACAUUGUAUUUAUUGGAAUUUAUUAGGGAUUUGUUUCUAUUUUUUAAGAGACAGUCUUGCCAUGUAACCCAGGCUGGCCUUAGUCCAAUUAUCUUCCUGUUCCAACCUUUAAAAUGUUUGGGUGAAUGAUGUCUGCUUCCACAUCCAUCACCAGUAGUUCAUUCUUAAAAGAACACUUUUGGACUCCAUGCUUCACAUUUGCUCUAGAAAAAAAAUGAUCUCUUUAUUUUUUAAAGUAUAUGCAUAUGCAUGUGUCUGUGUCUGUAUGUGAAUUUGUGCACAUUCUUGUAGUGCCUGCAGAGACCAGAAGGAGGUGUCAGAUACUCCAGGCUGGAAUUACAGGCAGUCAUGAGCUGCCCCAUGUAGGUGCUGGGAACUGAAUCCAGUUCUCUGCAAGACUAUUACACACUUUUAACCACUGAGCCAUUUCUCCAACCCCUGGAAAAUUAUCUUUAAACAGAAUAUGUGAAGUGGAGAGUAGUUUAAAUACAGAAGACGGAAGCCAAAAAGAAAAGAAAAGGUGCACUAUCAUUACAUUAAUUUAUUAAGGUUUCUUUUCUUUCUUUCUUUUUUCUUUUUUUUUUAUUUUUUGGUUUUUCGAGACAGGGUUUCUCUGUUUAGCUUUGGAGCCUAUCCUGGCACUCACUCUGUAGACCAGGCUGGCCUAGAACUCACAGAGAUCCAGCUGUCUGCCUGCCUUUGCCUCAUGAGUGCUGGGAUUAAAGGUGUGCAUCACCAACGCACGGCUUAAGGUUUCUUAAAGCAAUAGUGCAUACAAGUUUAAUCGGUGAAAUCUUUUUUUGCAUUAAGUCAGGUAAUUUUUUUUCCUUUUAUUUUCACUUUGCUGAUGAGUUGAUAGUUACUUAAUUCCAGGAGGUAUUUUUAAAAAGCUUGUUUUCAAGCCCUUAAGAUUAAUGUAUCAUGGAAAAAAUGACCUUGUGACUAUUGAGAUUUUCCCUUUUAAUUUAAUGGCAAGUUCUUAACCAGUUUUUGUAGACUGUCAUUCUCUUCCAUGAACAAAACCCACUUUUAUAUGUUUUUAUUUCUUAACUUUCUCUCUGCCUGGUGUUUUUUCCCAACAUUUCUGGUCUCCAUGUCCCUUAAACUAUUUUCAGACUGCUUGUACAUUAACAAGUGUUCAUUCUUAGUCUACUUAGAAGGCAGGUAUUAAUGACACUCUAUAAUCAUAGAUCACAUCACAUUUACAAGCUUUCCUAGUUUUUUUCAUGUCACCAGCCAUUUUUAUUGUACAUAUAUAAUUAAUGAUUUUUCCUCAUAUAAAUGUUGUUUUGAUGCUUAUGUGGUUGUAUCAUUGAUUUUUAUUGUAAUUUCUCCUCUAGUCAUUAUACUAAGAGAUAUGUUGGCAUAGUGCCUCUUGCCAAAGACUAUGAGUACCAUGUAAUAAAUUGUACUGAGUCUGUCCAUA